GGCAGUUCGGUGCGACGGCCUGAGCGUGCGCAAAACCCAACGUAAGACACGCGUAGAGGAAACUUAUAUUAGCCAUUUUCAACCAAUCACAGGCGUAUUAGACCCCCGAGGGCUGCUCAGACACACUCCCUAGCUCCCCCCACUGAGAAGUAGUAUUUGACUGCGAGCGCAGAUAAGUUGUCAAACAGUUGACAGCUAAACUUCGACAAGCGGACCACACGCUUACUUGACACUUCAAGAAAACUUUCAUCCAACCCUACUACUCUUCAAUAAAACACAAGACAGUCGGCGAACACGAACCUUUUCAUCAACUGCAACAGUUAGUUUUCGGAAAUCAACAAGUUUCAAUUCUUAACCUCUAUCUUGUGUUAUUGUCUAAACUCUGGAAGCAGCAAUUUUAUGAGAACACCUCACAACACCUGUCGAGUAGUGGAGUGCACACCAGACGUUUUGCGCAGAAAGGUGUAACAAUCGUGUAAUCUACCUGGUUAUUUAUCGAGGGAAAGCCUGUCGCAUGAAGCUAUCAGUUGGUCCCUGGAACAUGAAAAGGACAAUGAGUGAAUCAGAAAGUGACGAAUUAUUUGACGAGACCAUGAAGGGAUCACCCAGUCAAUCAUGCCCAGUGAGUGCAAGGAAGAAGCGCAGAGGGAUCAUUGAGAAGAGAAGACGAGACAGAAUCAACAAUUCUUUAACCGAGCUCAGAAGGCUAGUACCAGCUGCUUUUGAAAAACAGGGGUCUGCUAAGCUAGAGAAGGCUGAGAUUCUUCAGAUGACAGUGGACCAUCUGAAAUACCUCCAUGCCAAAGGUAUUGAUGGAUCUUUUCACCCUUAUGGUGAAGCCCAUGCGUACGCCAUGGAUUACCGUGUUCUAGGCUUCAGGGAGUGUGCUUCUGAAGUGGCAAGGUACCUCGUCACCGUAGAAGGAAUGGACAUUCAAGAUCCCUUGAGACUUCGACUCAUGUCUCAUCUUCAGUGUUACGUGGCUCAGCGUGAGUUCCAGACACGACAACACUAUACAGUCUCUGGACACUCUCAGUUUCCUGCGCACACUCAUUCGCAGACUCCAGCGUUGCCGCCUCCACCUCACAGUGGUCCACAGCAUAACGCUGGAGGUGGAGGUGGUGCUACGUCGGAGCAUCAUCCAGCCAGUCUUCCUCCAGCCGUUACGUCUGUCAGUGAGAACUCACGUCAGAUGCUUCCCAUGAUCACAAGCACAAGUCAUGCAGAAAGUCAACUGCAGACAUCCUGUCAUGGAAGACUACCCAUGCCAGCUCCUCCAACCGGUGUUGUAUCGUCAGCCCCCAUUGGAAACAGUCAGAGUAGUCAGCUAUCAACACAGAUAGCGCCCUCUCUGCCUAUCCACAGCCAGUAUUCUGUGCCAUACAACUCGUUGCCUGUCCUCUCACCCAAUGGCUAUACCGGAAGCCCUACCAGCACAUCGCUCAACUCACAUACUGCCCUGGUAUCCAAGCCAUAUCGUCCAUGGGGAACCGAAAUGGCCUACUAAAGACAUUUCAUAUCAACCAAAGAAAAAAAAGUACCCAUUACUCGUGCUCCACACUCUGCAUGUGGGACUUAAAUUUUUCUAACGAAUGAUAAAUCCCUGAUAAUAUUUCUUUGAUAGUGUAGAAAAAGUAUGACCUAGUACUUUUAUGAUGCAAUGCCCUACGAUUCUGGACCUAUAAUGUGUUACAUUUGACAGUUUUUCCUGUGUUCUUAUUUCUCCAUGUGUCAAUUUGAUAUUUUUGAUUGAUUUAUUUAAACUUCACCUUGAUGUCUUGUAUGGAAAUACAUAAUGCAAAUGUCCUUACUGUUUUGUAAAUUCUUUAUGUUCAUUGGCUUACCAAGCGAACCUUCAUUGUAUUGUAUUUUUCGUUGUUUUAGUUAUUGCAACUACAUGCUACAUGGAUGGCUAUAUAAUUGUCUGUUUAAGGCAGAUGAGCAUUGCAAUAACUGCGUGAAUAUUAUUUUCGUGGACCAUAUUGGCCGAUAAUGAGACAUUUACGCAAUACUAUGAUAUAAUUCAUCCAAGUAAAAACCAACAUUCCAGCAUCACCAGGCGUAUGCAGCGUCUGGUGAUAUAUAUAUGUGUGCCGCUGAAACAUUCCAAUUUAUCAUCUUAUAUUGCUUACUUGUUUUUCGUUUUUAAUUGAUUCCAUCAAAGGAAAAAGGCCGAUUUUGUAUUCAAGCGUUCGAUAAUUUCUGUAUCAUGAACCGAUUAUAACACAUAGAUACUCUGGGAAUGAACAGUUCAUAUUACAAGGGAAUCUAAUGGAAUGGUAUACAUGGUAUAGUAAUCAACGAUUAGGUAGUUGUCAAAGCAAGCUAAAUAUUUUCUCAUGUUCAGAAGAUUUCUCUCCACUUUUAAAAAUCAACUAUACAUAGCUUUAUUAUUUUAUUGAAAGCUAUUGUCACAGACUUGCUUGCCUAUUAAAUUUACAAGGAUACAAAUAAACAGUGACAUAUUAUCAAGAUAAAAAAAUGAAAUGAUCGUUAUAAGAGUAGUGAAAGUGCAACAAUUAUACCAAUUCUCAUUUCGUGGAAAGUGCAUAAUGAUGAUCUAGAUAGAUUUCUCGUGUUUUGUAUCAAAGAUGACUUGUGAUUGAUGGUUUACCUACUUUCGUAUUCAUCAAUCAUUCCUUUCCAAAUAUUACUGAUUAAAAUAUAGAUCGUCACAGUGGAUUAAAGAUGCAAUUCGUUGAAUCGUAUGAACCAUCGACUAUGUUCGACCCCCCCCCCAUGAUUAUGUAAAACCUUCCUGAAUUAGAAACGAUUGUCUCUCCUUAAAUUUCAUAUAAACUGUGUAAUCCUCAAAGAAUAUUUUCGCUCGAUUAAUGCAUGGAAUGCUGUAAAAAUAGGGGAGGGGUCGGACUUACAAAAUCUUUUACUAUUUGAAACAAAGUGGACAUCGUUAACUUAUUAAUUGAUGUAAUAUGUUGAUUCCUUGUUUCAAUGAUACACUAAAAAAAUAUUGGGUAAACAUGCUCCGUGAUGGUAAUUAUGUGUCCAACCAACACUGGGCAUUUCUUUUGGGCAUUUUUAUUUUUCCAGUGUGAUGAAAAUUUUGCCCAUUCUAAAGAAAUUUCUGUUUAUUUUUUACCUUAGUGGACAAUACGCUUCCCGCAUUGGGUAAAAUACUGCCCAAAAUUGGUUGGACACCUAAUUACCCUCAUGCUGGUUAAAAUUUUACCCAAUACAGUGUACGUUGUUUCUAUUUCGAAUAUACUAGUAGAGUGUAACUCGAAAUAAUAUCAAUGUCGAUAAAAUACAAUGAUUCAAAUAUGGUCAGUGUUUCCUGACUAGUACCUCAUUAUUUAAUAAUUUAUUCAUCUCUUAACUUAUUAUGUACAUAUUGAAUUGAUUACAAUGUAUAAGAAAUCUACAAUCAAUCUUCUAUACGGACAAGCAGGAAAACAGUUAACUUACAAAGUUUACUUCGUUUGCAUUAUUGAUGAGCAAUAAAUGAAGAGGGUCAGUUUUGCUUCCUAGUUUAUUUUUGUAUAAAGAAGCUAAAAAUGUUUAAUUUGCAUUUAGAUUUUGCUACCUAUUCAAUAUUGUGUAUUAUUUAUUAUUGUGAUAAACAAAAAACAAUGAAUAAAAUAUGAAAAUAAUUGUAUGUAGAAAUCAAAUGAGAAUAGAGUCUUGCAUUUCAUUUG